GGUCUGGGGUCCCGGAGGCGGGGGCGGGAGCGGGGGCGGAGAGGAGCUGGUCGGCGCCAAGAUGCAGGAACUCAUCUCCAAUGUGGAGCAUAUCAGGUUCGAGCUGGAGAUGGCGGUGGAGCAGCAACUGGGCGCGCAGCCGCUGCCCUUCCCCGGCAUGGACAAGUCUGGUGCAGCAGUGUGCGAGUACUUUCUAAGGGCAUCAUGUGGGAAAGGUGGAAUGUGCCCGUUUCGCCACAUCAGUGGUGAGAAGACGGUCGUGUGUAAACACUGGCUGCGGGGGCUUUGCAAGAAAGGAGAUCAGUGUGAAUUCUUGCACGAGUACGACAUGACCAAGAUGCCAGAGUGCUAUUUCUAUUCCAAGUUUGGAGAAUGCAGUAACAAGGAAUGUCCAUUUCUGCAUAUCGAUCCCGAGUCCAAAAUCAAAGACUGUCCUUGGUAUGACCGAGGGUUUUGUAAACAUGGCCCUCUGUGCAGGCAUCGGCACACUCGGCGAGUCAUCUGUGUCAACUAUCUGGUAGGGUUCUGUCUCGAAGGCCCCUACUGUAAAUUCAUGCACCCUCGGUUUGAGCUACCAAUGGGUACCGGUGUUGAGCAGCCUCCACUGCAGCAACAGCAGCAGGUUCUACAGAAGCAGAACAUUAAUCAGUUUCUGCAGCGAUCCUCCUCCUUGGUGCAGAUUACCAGCACAAACACCAUUGUGGGGCCGCCGAAACCAAUGACGCAGCCUGGGGGAAUAGUGCCACAAUCGCAGUUUCAAUCCACAUCCAACCGAGGCCCCAGACCGUUGGAGCAAGUCACGUGCUACAAGUGCGGUGAAAAGGGGCAUUAUGCCAACCGAUGUACCAAAGGACACUUGGCAUUUCUUAGCGGUCAGUAAUGAAUUCACCGGUGAAAAGUACUUUGGGGGGGGAGUGGGGGGGCGGUACUCUACAAUUCAACUGGUGCCCCGGACGGAAUGGACAUUUUUUUUUCUCGGAUGGGGUACGGAAUUCAAAAGCUGAAUUUGCCUUGUUUGUUUUCGUCCUUCCUUGCACACUGUGAUACUUGCUACUGCUGAACCAGCCACCGGUUAUAACUGGGGAAGGACUUUUCUCUGAAGAAUUGAGUCACUGCAGAGAGCUCCUACCGCACCUCAGCCAUACGUUAUAAUCUCCAAAAACUGUCCAACGAAGCAGAUGGGCAGUGGAUUCAAGUGAAACUGGGAGAGUCAAAAAUACAAGUUCAGCAGAUCACUAGAAGAUACUAUACACUGUGAUAUUCCUAUCACAGUUUGUGCAUGUUUUUUUGUUUCUUUAAAUACCAGUUUUGAAGGUAGUUUUGAGGCUUCUUUCCCCCCCCCCCCCGUCAGGAAUCUGAUCUGGGAUUUUCUUCAAAUUAGAAAGCUUUGUUAGUAUGUCACACAGCCCGUGACACGUCAACAUGGGAUUCAGAUUGAGUUUAGUGCAGAACCGGCAGCUAUUCAUGUCUUUCACAUUGGCUCCGCUCUUGUCCCUGGGCAGAACCGUCGGACGUUGAGAUGUCCUGAUGAGAUGCCUGGCCUGUGGGGGUGGUGGGGCAGCAGAACAUUUGGUCAUUCAUUGUGCCUGCCAUGGGUGGACUCCAAGCACUGGUUGUAAAGUGCAGAGCUCUAACACUCUUCCACUCGGACAAACUCCCCUCGCAUCAAUUACACACAAAUCAGAAGAACAUUCUGGCCUUGUAUAAAUAAUGCAAAUAGCUGUUGAAAUUGUGGAUUGUGGAUUACUUUUUGUCACAUCGGGUUAUUUUGUCAGGGUGCCCUAUUAAUUUGCCUAUAUGCUAUCACAUCUUAUAGGAAUAAAAGUUUUUAGUUUUGUGGCUAAAAAAAUGCAGUAAGAGUUGCUGAAAUCUUAAAACUACAAAUACCAUAUGACUGUAAAGGGUUCAUUUUUAUCCAAUUUAAUAAAUAUUUUUUAACAAACA